UUCCAUUUACUUGAUUAAUAGCUAGGUAAUCUUGUAAGAUUAAUCACUAGUAUAAAUAUAAUAUGAAAAGAUAAUAAUACAAAAAUAUGAGAGAAACAACAAGCUAUAAAAGCCUAUAUAUACUUCUCUUCUUGUCGAUCGACAAAGGAUUUAGUUGCAUGAGUAAUACUCUAUGCUAUGGCUUUUCUUUUUCAAUUUUCUCCUAUUAUCUCGACGCUCUUUCUUAUGAUAACUUAUUGCAUUACAUCAAAUGAUCAGACUCCCAAGCCUUACAUUGUGUAUAUGGGUAGUCCUUUGAACAACAGUGGAGACACAGCUGAAAUUGCAGAGUUAACUCAUCUUCAGAUGUUGUCAUCCGUUAUCCCAAGUGAAGAAAGUGAGAGAAUCUCAUUGAGGCAUUCCUACCAUCAUGCUUAUAGGGGCUUUUGUGCCUUGCUUACAAAAGAAGAAGCCACCCUUUUGUCACGUCAUGAGGAGGUUGUAUCAGUGUUUCCAGAUCCAAUACUCCAACUUCACACAACACGCUCCUGGGAUUUUUUGGGUGUCGUUGGAUCUUCUUAUUCCAGCUACCACUACAACCAUGCUUCAUCUUAUGACGUUAUAAUUGGAGUUAUUGACACAGGCAUAUGGCCCGAGUCGCCUAGUUUUGAUGACCAACAUAUUGGAAAAGUUCCAUCAAGAUGGAAAGGAGUCUGCAUGGAAGGAUUUGACUUUGCCAAGUCAAACUGCAAUAGGAAGUUGAUAGGAGCAAGAUUUUACAAUAUUGAAGAUCAAGAUUCCAGCAUCACCAAAUUACCUAAAAACACUAGCAGCACUACAACAAUACCAUCAAAACCAAAUGGAACACCAAGAGACAAAGAAGGUCAUGGGACACACACAGCCUCCAUAGCAGCAGGUGCAUUUGUCCCUAAUGCAACUUACUUUGGCCUAGCAAGUGGCAUUGCUAGGGGAGGCUCACCCUCUGCUAGGGUAGCAGCUUAUAAAGCAUGUUCAGAGGGAAAUUCUCAAGGUUCUGCUAUACUCAAAGCAAUUGAUGAUGCAAUUAAAGAUGGAGUUGACAUAAUUUCAAUAUCUAUUGGGAGGAGUUUUGUUUUUCAAACUGACUUCAAAGAUGACCCUAUUGCCAUUGGGGCCUUUCAUGCUGCUGAGAGAGGUGUUGUUGUUGUUUGUUCUGGUGGGAAUGAGGGGCCUGAUCCUUACACUGUAACCAACUCUGCUCCUUGGAUUUUCACUGUUGCUGCUUCUACUAUUGAUAGAAAAUUUCAGUCCAAUGUGGUCUUGGGAAACAAUGUCUCCUUGAAGGGAGCAGGAAUAAGUUUUAAUCCUACUGGUCGAUCCAAAACUUAUCCGCUUGCUUUCGGUGACAAUAUUCCUUUCCACCCCUCGUUAACUUCUCAAGCCAGGUAUUGUAUGCCAGGGUCAUUGGAUGCCAAAAGAGUUGCUGGUAAAAUAAUUGUUUGUAUGAAUGAUGACUGGUCAAUAUCAAGAGAAAUCAAGAAAUUGGUUGUGCAAGAUGCCGAUGCAAAGGGUUUGAUUUUAAUAGACGAGCAAGAGAAAACUUCUCCAUUUGAUUCAGGCAACUUUCCAUUUGCUGAAUUUGGAAAGCUGGCUGGUGCACAAAUUCUUCAAUAUUUUAAUUCCUCCCAGAACCCAUUGGCAACUAUAUAUCCGGCUAACGAGAUUCUUAGGUUUAAGCCAGCUCCAGUAGUUGCUGAUUUUUCUUCACGCGGACCUGCAACACUUACAGAGAAUAUUCUUAAGCCUGAUAUAACUGCUCCUGGCGUUGGCAUUUUAUCGGCUAUGAUACCCAAUCAAGAUGAAAAAAAAUCAUCUUUAUUUGGCAUAACAUCAGGAACAUCAAUGGCAUGUCCACAUGUUAGUGGAGCUAUGGCCUUCAUUAAAUCAAUUCACCCAACAUGGAGCUUCUCAAUGAUUAAAUCUGCUAUCAUGACAACAGCAACAAUAUCCAACAAUCUGAGAAAUCCCUUGACAAAUACGUCAAGUCUUCAUGCAAGUCCACAUGAAAUUGGUGCCGGCGAAUUAAACCCUAUUAAAGCUCUGAAUCCGGGCUUAGUAUUUGAAACAACCAUGAACGAUUACUAUAACUUUCUUUGUUAUUAUGGCUACAAAGAAAAAGAACUUAGAUUAGUAGUAUCAAAGAAAAAUAACUUUGAUUGUCCAAGAAAUGCUAGUACUACUAAAAAGGAACUCAUAUCACACAUAAAUUACCCUUCAAUCUCUGUAGAAAAACUUAAGCAAAAUCAAGGGGUUAUGAGAGUCAAAAGAGUUGUGACGAAUGUUGGUUCUCCAUAUGCCACUUAUACUUCUUCAGUUAUCGCUCCACCUGGUUUGGUUGUUAAUGUUUAUCCAAGAAAGAUUGCCUUUGUGAAAGGAAUAAAGAAAGCUUCUUUUGAAGUCUCAUUUGAUGGUAAGAAGGCAUCAAUUGGUUACAAUUUUGGGAUUAUAACAUGGUCGGAUGGCUCUCAUAAAGUUCAGAUGGUAUAUGCAGUGAAUGUUGAAUAGUUUUCAUUCUUUUAUUAUUUUAUAGAGGGAAGAGAUAUUAUUGUAAGACCAUUCCCCAAUUUAAAAGUUUGAAUAAAAUAAUUUUGAUAGUGUUCUUGAUAUUUUCUAGCUUUUGUAUAUUCAUGAAACAAUGAAGCUUAAUACUA